GUCUCAAGAUUCUGCCCUCCAAGGAAAUCUUGCCAUGAUUGGAUAGGACCCCCAGAUAAGUAUUCAAAUCUUCGACCUGUUCACUUUUACAUCCCUGAAAAUGAAUCACCAUUAGAACAAAAGCUUAGAGAAUUAAGACAAGAAACACAAGAAUGGAAUCAACAGUUUUGGGCAAACCAGAAUCUGACCUUUAGGAAGGAAAAAGAAGAAUUUAUUCACUCAAGACUAAAAGCUAAAGGCCUAGCACUGAGAGCUGAAUCAGGUUAGUACAUUUGCUCUUUUUUUCUAACAUUGUUUUGGUUUGAGCACGUACAUGAGAAGGUAGAGAGAGGGGAGGUCGAAUGAAGGGGAGAGAGUCCAGGUUCAGGGGUCGGUGGGCCUUCCUUGAGGCAGGUGCUAUGGGGCACACCGCCGUCCCCAGCAGGGCUUUUCCGCCCCUCACUGCAUCCCUGGCUGCCUCCUGUUCUCAUGUUUUCCUCAUUUGCCUCCUGGGCUUCUCUCCUUUCACAUGCCCCUCACCACUGGUAGCCCCCAAGCAUCAGUUAUGAGUCCCGGGCCCUCUUCUCUCUUUGGAUGACAUCACACCGUCUCAGGAUUUUAGGUGAUUCUCAUCAGUGACUAAUCUCUGACCUUUAGGCUUAUAUCCUGAAGUCCCAGGCCUCUGCAGCCUCUCCCUCUUCCACACCAGCUCCUCUUCCUGGAUUCCUGGUCUCCGUUCAUGGUCCCACUGGAGCCAGAAGCCAGAGCCGUCCUCCAGGCAGCUCUCUCACCCCUUCAGACCUCCUCCAGUUUCACCUCUGGAGCGUUUCUCCACCCUGCUGCUGCUCCCUGGC